AUGCAAGACACAGACAGACAACAAAAGGCAAAAGGUGCAAUGAAUUCUGAAGAUCCCCGGCUGCGGAAUGAAUUGAAAUCCCAAGCAAAGGCGGGAACGAAUGGCGACCUUAGAAAUUCUCUUUUAACAAGUGAUGUUGUUCCAACAAAUCUGCUUCGUGUUACCGACACAACAUCUUUUGGUUACAGAGCAGCUCCAUUUGUGAGCUGGAUUCAUAAUGAAUGUUCCAUGGCUAAGUGA